AUGAACUUUACCGACGAUCGACUUGCUAUGCCAGAGGAGGAGGACUUGGAUCUUGAUAUCUCCGCCGAGGCUGGACCCAACCACCAGCUUGACUCUAUGCUGCAACUGGAGCAGGCACUAGAAGAGGAAACGAGAGAUAUUUCGACCCGGUUCCAGAGCGAAAGGAGACCCGAGCCUGCAGGAUUGGAUCGCGCACUAGGCGACGACCGCACCAACAACCGCUCAGGAGGACGUGGAACAAACGAAAACCAUGCUCAACACAAAUACGCCAGCAAAAGCGGCGGAUUUGUCACCGGAUUUGAUCCAUUGUCCAGAGAAGAGCAGGCAAAGAAAGCAAACCGCACUCAGCGCUUCGGAGGUUUGCCUCAGGAGCCAUCGGAGAUCAAGGAUGAGAGCAUGGAGGAGGCAGGCAUGGAAGUGGAUGACAAGGACUUUGCCAAACCCGAUAACUUGCCCGAAACACCCCCCAGGACUUCGUCGAUUCGUCUGGAGGCUGUUCACCUGUACGGCACGGAUGAGAUGUCGACCAAGGAUGUCUUGAAAUACUUUGACGCGUAUGGACCAAGCCACGUGGAGUGGAUCGACGACUCGUCCUGCAACAUUGUCUUUCCCGACCAGUUCUCGGCCAAGCGCGCUGUGUACUUCCAACUCGUCGACAAAGAAAAUGUCACCUUUGGCGAGGAUGGCGAUGACGCCGAUAUUGAGCCCAGUCGCGAAAUCUCAGAAUCAGGAAUCGCUGAACCCAUCGUUGUCCCAAAAUCCAAGAACCGUUUGCAGCGUGCUAGGGAGUACGUCCCUGCCCAACAACAUAACCAGCUCACCACCGCCAAGAGCAACUCGGGACUCUUUGUGCGCUACGCGACCGACUAUGACCGCAAGGAACGUAACUCUGCAGCCAAAAGUGUCUAUUAUGCCAUUCACGGACGGGAGGAUCCUGCGUCGACUGGACAAAAGUCAUCGACGACGAGCUCGAGAUAUGGCCGUCGUAGCCGUGCAGAUGAGGACGAGGUCUGGAACCGUGGACGUGGUAUUCAGACCAUGAGCCGUCUUCGACGAAGAAUAGAGGGGGCUUCUCCUUCACCAUCACCCACACGCCGUUCUUGGUCAAGGGGCCGACGUCUGUCUGGCUCACGUUCAAGGUCCGGAUCUCGCUCGGGAUCUCAUUCUAGAUCCAGGUCGCCUCGUCGCUCUGCCCGUCGUGACCAUGGAAGUCGCUCGCCAGAUGCCCGGGAUCGCCGUUCCGAUGACUACGACAACCGUGGUCGUCGUGGAGACAUUUCACUUCGUUUGGGCGGCAGGGUCAAAUUCCCAGAAGAAGAGUCAGCCAUCGCCGAGAGCAGAAUGGACCAAUACGCAAACGAGUUUAUGGCAGAGCUCGAAUCGACCUUCAGUCGUCGCGAAAAGGCUAUCCCACGGACAAAGAUGUACAGCGACUUUUAUGAACGCGAGACUCUUACAGAAAAGCCGUCUUCGAGAGAGGACGCUAUGAAGGCCAUGGAUGCUCGUCUUGGUUUGCCAGCAGACCUGGAUGAGUAUGGACGAUCCCAGAGGAAUUAA